CAACUGUCAACACGUCACGCAAUCCACGCAUUAAUUCUUUGUCCGUUUCAGUUUCAACAUUCCAUUUUCCUUCUCAUUUUCCCGGAAAAUCAAAUUCCCAAACCUUAACCAACCAAACUCGAAAUUCUUAAUUCUUUCAAUCUUCAAUAAUAACAACAAUAAUAAAGGAAUCCCGAUGGACGUCUCUCUAAUCGCAGAUACAUUGACAAUAGCUACACAACAAACCCUAGGGUCUGCAAACUCUUUUCUUCUCCACCGCCAAAAUUGCAUCAACCUCGCAGAUCAAUCCUCCCAAAUCUGCGUCGUCGUCGUUGAUGCCUUGGCUCCGCCGCCUGUCAAGUCCAAAACCUCACGCCGCACUCUCCUCCGAAAGCGGCGGCGGACCAGGCGGAGAUCGCAAACUGACGGAGACUCCGGUGGUUUCGGAGAGGAGUAUGGGUUUUUUUGCGGUGGUGAUGGUCUUUUUGGUGGCGGCGGGGGCGGGGAUGGAGGAGGUUUUGGUGGUGGGGGGAGAGGGUGGAAUUUUGAUAAAUUCGGAGGGCACGAUUGGGAUGAACCUUCGUGGUGGUUUUCUUCGCGGUCUUCGGGUUUCGCUUAUGGGUUUGUUUAUGAGGUGAUAUAUUGGAUUGCGCUGUCGAAUUGCGUGCAUUUUGCGUUUAAGAAGGUUGUUAGGAUCGUGGCUGAUGGAAUUGGUGAUACCGAGAGAGGGAAAGCGGUGCCUAUGAGAUUGGCUACCGUGUGCUAAUUCGGUAACUGAUAUUUAUGAAUCCAUGAAUUGAAGGGUAUUAUAGAACUUAGUGGCUUAUGUUCUCUUCUACAAUGCAAUGCACAUAUAUUGUAUAUAAUUGUUCUCAUUGUUUAUAUGAAUCAGUAUUUGAUUUGGUUGUA